AUGGCGAGAGCAGCCUCUCCCCGCUUCCGGCGGUGCGCGACCCUGGGGGGGCAGGGCCGCGCCGGGCGCCCCCAUUUUUCCUUCUCUCCCCGCGGGGAGAGCGGGAGGAGAGGGAGCGAGGGCGGGGCCCCCACUGCUGUGUUGCAUGCGGCUCGCGCUCUCCGCUCGCCCCCUCGGUGGAACCGAGGGGGGUCCGGGAAUCCCCGUCCCCCAGCGUCUGGCUGCGUCGCCAGGUCGGCCGAGCUGCAGCGGGUGGUGCUUCAGCGGCAGCCGGCGGAUGCCUCCUGCACGAGGCGCCUGGUCUGCCGCUGGCGCUGGCUGCCGCGCAUGACCUGCAGAUUUUUGCGAGGCCCGAGCGAGCCAGGGGCUCACGAGGGCUCAGGAGCUGCCGCCGGUGCCCUCCUCGUCCUCUUCCUCCUCCUCCUCCUCCUCUUCCUCCUCCUCCUCCUCCUCCUCCUCCUCCUCUUUCUUCUCAUGCUCCUCCCCCGAGAUCCUGUGUCGCGAAGGCAGCAUCGUGAAAAACCACGUCCACAGCCCUGGACCCCAUCUUGCUGCGGAAUUCUCGAGCGGGAUCAAUAUGCUCUAACGUGUGCGGGUUGUUUUCUGCAGUCUCCAGCAUGGUCGAAUUAG